AACAAAAUACUUGCGGGGUCCUUUUUGCAAAUGAAAAUCUUGCGGAUAGAAUUCAGAAUAUCGAUUUUUUCGGUACCGUAUGUGAUAUUUUUAAAACUUCAUAAAGCAAGGCGAGAUGUGUGUCUGUGCUUGUUCUUUUAUAGAAACACACACACACAUAUAUAUAUGUAUGCAUAUAUAGUCCCAUUUAAGCACGUCAAGCAUUGUGCAAUCAUUCAAAACGUUUGCAUCUCGCUGCAAUGUCACGGCCAGUACCCGUUGAAGAUUUCCAUACUGAAACUAGAUCAGCCUCUGCGUCUAAUUUCCUCCACAGAGAUGAUAAGAAGAUUCAAGAAAGCACACGCCAAUUCCCAUAUCCUCAAAGUGGACAACUUUUCUUUGCUCAAGAAGUACGAGGUUGAGGAAAUCGAAUCUUCUGUUCUCGCUUUUGGCGGUCACAAAUGGAAGCUCAUUCUUUACCCAAAUGGAAAUGAGAAUGACAAUGCAAAGGGUCACAUUUCUCUCUACUUGGAGAUACAAGAUUCCGAGUCUUUGCCAUUGAAUUGGGCAGUGAAGAUCCAAUUUGACAUUUUCAUCCUCAACCAAUUCCGACCGUUCUGGAAGAAUCGAUAUGGGUCUGUGGUUUUCGGUCCAUAUAAUACCAAGCAAGGCUUUGCAAGGCUGAUUUCUCUUUCUGAACUACAUAAUACUAGGCAAGGAUAUCUUGUGGAUGAUUGUGCUUUGUUUGGUGUGAAGCCAUAUGGGGUUCAAGGUGUUAAAGACGGAACAGCCGAAUGCUUUACCCUCGUCGAGAAACCGAUGAACAACAAAGUCACGUGGAAGAUGACAAAAUUCUUGGCUUUUGAUCGUUUCGCAAAGUAUAAGUCUCACGAGUUUGUAGUUGGAAAUCGAAAAUGGAGUAUAGAAGUUCAUCCACGAGGUUUUGAGGAAGGCAAGGGCAAUUCACUUUCCGUGUUUUUGAGGGGAGAAGGCUUUAUGGACAAUUCAGUACCAAAUGCUAAGACUUAUGCACGUUACAAGUUGCGAGUACUGGACCAAAUCAACGGGAACCAUGUCGAAGAUACAUGCUUGUAUUGGAUUCCUGUUGAUCCAAUUGGUUGUGGUUUCGUAACGUUGAUGCCCCUCAAAGCUCUUCAUGAUCCUUCAAAGGGUUAUUUGUUGGAUGACACACUCUAUGUGGGAGUUGAGCUCCAAGUUGUUUCUGUCUCAAAUUAUUGCUAAGCAACUGGGUAAUAACGAAGUUAUGUGAUAAACUCAAAAUGUUUAGUAUUUUGUAAUAUAUUAUAAAUGCAUGCCAUCGAUUGCUAAUCGUCUGUUUGUUCAAA